AUGAAUAACAUUUCUUUCAAAACCUCAUUCACAGACAAUAUACUAAACAACCAACAACAGGGAAGUAGUAUUCAAACCGUCAAGGAUGCAGAAGCACCAAGAGAGUGGCUCAAGUUGAGCCUAGGUGGGGAUCUAGGUCCACCUGUUCAUGACAAUUCUGGCUUGUCAACACGCACUUUUCCUAGAGUGUACCCAUGUAAGUUUUGCACCAAGGAAUUCUACGCUUCAUAUUCUCUAGGUGGUCAUCAAAAUGCUCACAAGACCGAAAGGUCUGAAGCAAGAAGAAAUAAGAUACAAAAGCUGUCGUUUGUGCAAAAACCAAGCAGGAAGCGGAAAUCAGCAUCAAAUAAGGAUUGUGGUAGAAAGGAACCAUCUCAUGCAGAAGAACUUGACUUAAACCUCAAGUUGUGA